AUGGUGUUCUGCACCUACUGCGGACAGUCCUUUACCCGGGAUGAACACCUGGAGAGACAUAUCCUAACCCUGUGUGUAGACACAAACGUAAAGCCAUUCAAAUGCUUCACAUGUCAUAUGUCCUUUGCGAGAAGGGAUCUCCUUCAACGACACUACACUGUCCAUGGCAGAGACCAGAACCAGCAAGAGAUACCCGCUGCCAAUGGCAUGAUACCUAAAUCGGCUGGGCGGACACCCAUUGCUUGCAGUAAUUGUGCCAAGACGAAGACAAAGUGUGACAAGAAGUUCCCUUGUUCGAGAUGCGCAGGGAGGAAUCUUCGUUGCACACUUCGUCCAACUCGACGAGCAUCGAAGAACGCAAAUCGAGUCGGAAUACCUCCAGAGGGGGCAGUGGCUCUUCCCAAUGGUGUCAUCCAGACAGUCGGCAUCGAGAACGGCGCACAUCCCCAACCGCCUACUGGCAGUCCACAACAGCAACCACCCACGUUUAAGCCAGCGAGUCCGAAGAAUGGCAUGUCCGCGAUCCCAGAAGAGAAGUCUGCAGCACAACCAACAGUCGAUGGGCCACCGACUCAGUAUGCAGACCAGCCUACUAGUGGACCGUCACCUACCGACUUCUCGCCGGCAAUGAACAAUGGCUUCAUCAAUAACACGCCAAUGUCCGGGUUUCAUGAUCUUCCCCACAUGAGCAAGGAUAGCUCUGAGGCCGGAUCGAGUCCAGAUUUCAUGCUGGAUUGGAGCCAGAUGCAGAUGCCGAUUGGGUACGACGGCAUGAUUGCACCCCAUAUGUUGAUGAAUCCGGAUAUGGGCUUCGACCCUAACCUUGUGCUUGCGGACGGCCAUGAUGAUCUGCUCACGAUAAUGCCUGACGUAGCGAAUGGUAUGGCGCCACCACUCAUCACACCUCUGGAAACACCCAAGAUUGAACGAUCUUUCUCAGACAUGGACCUCAGCAGAUCGGCAGCCGCGUUCCAUCAACAUCGUCAGUCAAUGGCAUCGGUCCAAUCCUCAUCACAUUCUGCUCCGCUGGCGCAGGCAGACAUCAACGGGGAGAUGCCAGCAAUUGUCGCUGCUCAGGAUGCUUGGUCAGUGUUCAAGUGUACUCCGAUCGUCCCAUCCACGUCUUGCCCGAAGACUGCCAAGGCCAACCUGGAGCGUCUUGAGGAAACCUUGAAGAACCACGAGGGCUGGAGCACGUGGAGUCCGCAAUGGGAAGAUGCCGACGUAGCUGGGGGUGACCACCUCACAGUCAUGCAGUUGCACGGGAGCACGCGAGACAAGCUGCUUGCCAUCACCCAAAGCUUCCUUCACAAAGCCCUGGAGAUCCAUCGCGAAGGUCACGACCGCAGCUCGUCGGGCUCUGGGUACCAUUCGCCAAACUCACAUUAUGCUUCAAACUUCGUGCUACUUCCGCCAGCUCGCGUUCUGGAGUUCUUCCUGCGCUCUUAUGCGAACUGCUUUGAGCGAUACUAUCCUCUUACUUCACGAGGCAUCCUGGACGCCAACGAGCUCAUGCAUUGUUACAACGACCGGGCUUCGAGUUUGUUGGUGCUGAUGAUGAUCGCUCAAGGCGCGAUGAACAUCCCGUCCACGGAUGCUCGCAUGCUCACCGGUGGCUUGACAGAAGCUUGUCGCAUCUCGCUCUUUGAUCUCAUCGAGAGGAACAUCAUUAUGUCUGGCGACCCGAUUGUCCUGCACUCAGCAUUGCUCUUCACCGUUCAAGCUGCCUGGAGUGGCGACAAGUGGCAAAUGGAUAUCGCCAUGGGCCAACGAGGGAUGUACUUCGCAAUGCUCCGGCAUUCUGGUCUUCUCGAGAAGACUUCGCAACAGUCGAACAUCGUCGGCGCUCACCCAAAUGCAGAUCAGCUUUGGAACGAAUGGAUUCAGAAUGAGUCUCGAAGUCGUCUCAUCUACUCGUGGGUAUUGGUUGACCAGGACCUGGCACUCUUCCAUGAUACUGCGCCGCUGUUCUCCGUGACAGAGUUUGGCGCGCCAAUGCCAGAUGCUGACCGACUGUGGAAUGCUAAGAGUGCUGCUGCGUGGUCAUCGAUAUUCGAACAGGUGCAUGAGUUCUCCGGUGGCUACUCCUCCAUUGGAUCUGGUGCAAGGCCGCUGUCGCUGCGAGACCUCUUCCGCCACUUCCUAGACGAUGAGAUGAUUCCUCUCGGUAUCGAGAUGACACCACUUCAGCUUCGCUUGCUGCUGCAUCCUCUCCAGUCCUUGGUCUGCCAAUAUAGUCAGCUACUCAGCUGCUUCUCGGACGUGCUGUCCAAGAGGGACGACGGCAACACUCCCCGCAAAGUCAGCGCUUCUUCCACAAGAAGCAGGCUCGAGGAAGUCCAGUCACUUCUUGGCCGAUGGUUUGACUUGGCAGAGCGAUAUCUCAAGGCCAACCCGACGUGUCCAAUGAUGCAAACAAACCUGGUCAUCUUCCAUCUGAUCAGCCUCAACGCAGUGACCAAAUUUCCUGAGGUUGAGCGUCUGGCACGACGAGAGAACUUUGACGGCACCUACCAGCAACUUGCAUGGACACAUAAGCGCUGCAUCCACGACAUCGAAGAGGCAGUCUUCCACUGUGGUCAAGUGUUCCGACUGAUCCGUGCGAUGCCUCGAGGCAUUCGUCCUCCAUGGUGGGCUGGCGCCAUCUACCGCGUGGCGCUCAUCUUGUGGACGGAUAGUCUCACGCACAAGGAGUCUGCAUCGCCGAACAACAACGGCAUGUUCCCGGUACCGGGUCCAUCGUUUGCCAUCGACAACCUAUCCGCAGACCAUCCCCUCAUCAUCCGGUACCUCACCAAGAGGGAAGGCGUGCCGUGUGUGACCAAGCGUGAUGGCUCACAGAUGCCACUUGACCGCGCCUACUCCGUGCUGCAACAUUCCAUCGAAGUCAUCGACGAGGGCGCCUCCAAUCGCUUCGCCGAUGGGAUCCGGUCCAAGCUGGAACGACUGGCUCGAGGAUGA